AUGACGGACGAAAGCUUAGCACCUUUUCAACGGAAUCGAAGGAGAUUGCCUCGGCAACAGCGUCAGCAUAAACCGCACGAAACUAAGCAAGUUUGCACCGGAAUCGAAGAAGAUUACCUCGGAAACAGCGUCAGCAUGAAUCUGCCCGAUGUCCGUCAUAUGACGGACGAAAGCUUAGCACCUUUUCACCGGAAUCGAGGGAGAUUGCCUCGAAAACCGCGUCAGCAUGAAUCUUCCAGUAAAGCCCAAUCGACAGCUGGUCAAGAGGAAUCGGCCGUCGUCUUCUGGUGGAACCGACCUUCGAAUCUCUUCACCGAACACUUUCACUCGAAACGGAAGUAA